AAUGUUAUCAGAACUUGAAAUACAAGCAGUUAUUGGAUUUACAGGUAUAUUGACAAUAUAAUUAUUUCAGGUAAAAUUACUUAAGGCUUGAUAUUGCAUCCAGAUAAUGAGGUAUUGUUUAAAUGAUCAUUAAAAGCAUAUAAUCUAUCCAUUGGGUUCCACAAUCGUUGUUAGACAUAUAAUUAGCAGAGCUUAAACAUUUUUAAGGUAUAAUAUAACAUGAAUUUUGCUAGAGGACAUGACAAUUAGAUUUCUGUGAUAACAGUUUCUCGUUCAGGCGAUUAUGUUGCUUCUGGAUAGAGGACUUAUAUGGGAUUUUAAGCUGAUAUUAUAAUUUGGGAUUUCAAGGAAAGAAGCAUGAUUCACAGAUUGAAAUUACAUAAAGUUUUGAUUUAGUCUCUCAGUUUUUCCUACAAUGAAUUAUACUUAGCCUCAUUAGGAGGAAUCGAUGAUAAAAAUAUGUUGAUUGUUUGGGACAUUAAAGCAGGAAAAGCCUUGUAUGGUACUCCAAAUAGAGAUCCUGUUAAUUAAGUUUAAUUUUACAACCAAUCAGAUGAAAAAAUGAUAGCAGUUUUAAAUACUGGAGUUUAAAUUUUAACAAUUGAUAAAUAAAAUAAAAAGGUAUAGUAUAACCCUAUAUUAAAGAUCUAAUCUGUUGAUGUCAACUUUGGUAACGUAAAGCGUACAUUCACUUGUGUUGCAAUAGAUAAAAAUGACAAAUAUUGCUAUUGCGGUACAAAAACAGGAGAUGUAUUUGAAAUUCAAAUGGAUAUGGCUAUUUAUAAAAGAUUAGCUCCAGUAAAGAAGUUAUUCAGUUAAGGAGUUAAUUGUGUAGGUUUAUUACCUAAUGGCGAUAUUAUUGUUGGUGCUGGUGAUGGAAUGAUAGCAAAAGUGUCAUUUUAAACAAUGCAAAUAGUUGCAAGUAGUGAACUUUUGGGAGGAGUAACCUCAAUAACAUUCACAAAUGAUUAUACUCAUUUUUUCACAGGAACUAGUCAGAGCAAUAUUUAUUGGUUGGACACUGAGAAAUUAAUUCCAGAGUUAAGAAACACAUGUCAUUAUGAAAGAAUUAAUGAUGUUGCCUUUCCUCAUAAUUAUUCAGAUGUCUUUGCUACAAGUUCUUUGAAUGACAUUAGAGUUUGGAAUGCUAAAAAUAGAUAAGAAUUGCUAAGAAUCUAAGUUCCUAAUUUAGAAUGUUGGGCAGUUGCAUUUAUGAAUGAUGGAAAAAGUAUAGUGAGUGGAUGGAGUGAUGGCAAAAUUAGAGCAUUCUUGCCUUAAUCAGGUAGAUUGAUGUAUGUUAUAAAUGAUGCACAUAUUCAUGGAUGUACAUCUUUGACAUGCACAUCUGAUUGCUAAAGAAUUAUCUCAGGAGGAUCUGAAGGAGAAGUUAGAGUUUGGGAAAUAGGCAAACAAACCUAAGUUAUGAAGUCAUCUAUGAAAGAACAUAGAGGAAGAGUAUGGUCAAUUCAAGUUAGAAGAAAUAAUGAAUAAGCUGUUAGUGCAAGUGCAGAUGGUUCUUGUAUAAUUUGGGAUCUCAAAUCAUUUACUAGAGUUAUGUGUCUAUUUGAAAGCACGUUAUUUAAAAUGGUCCUUUAUCAUCCCGAAGAAAGUCAAUUACUCACUACUGGAAGUGAUAGAAAAGUAAUCAUUUUAUUGUUAAUUAUUAGAUUACUUACUGGGAAACUUUUGAUGGUUAAGCAAUCAGAAUGUUGGAUGGUUCAGAAGAAGGAGAAGUUAAUGCCCUUGCCAUCACAAAAGAAGGGGAACAUUUUGUCUCUGGAGGAGAAGAUAAAGAAGUCAAGCUUUGGGGCUAUGAUGAAGGAAUCUGCUAUUUUAAAGGAUAAGGACAUUCAGGCACAAUCACUAGGGUACUAUUUGCCACUUUUCUUAGAUUACAAUUAGUCCAGAUCAAAAAUCCAUUAUUUCUGUCGGUGCUGAGGGAGCUAUCUUCAUUUGGAAAAUGCCUGAGUCUGUAAUCAACGCUAAAGCACAACAAGAAUUACCUACUGUUCAAAGUGUAAAAAAAUAGAACGAACUUUAACAACAAACAUAAUAAUAAUAAUCUUUAUAAGCUCCCAAAGAUUCAUAAUCAUAAAAAUCUAAUCCAGUUGCUAAAUCUGUUAAGUCAGGAACGAAAUCAUCUAAAAAAUGAUU